AUGUAUACGUUCGAAAAAAAAAGAGAAACAUACUUCACAAAAGCUAUUUAUGCGUAUGGAAUAUGUAAGAACAUAUACAACCCGUUUCAUUUAGUAGAUGAAAAUUGCAUUUUUUACUGUAUAGGAUCUAAUGGAGUUAUACAUUCUGUUAGAGAAAAAAAGCAAAGAUUUUUACUUAGUGAUGAAAAGAGUUAUGGUAUUAUCUGUCUGGGCAUAAGCAAUGAUAAGAAGUUACUAGCAUUAGGAGAAAAAUCGAUAGGAAAACCUUUCGUUUCAAUAUAUACAAAUAAUUGUAAGCUUAUUAAAAGAUUAACAUUAGAAAUUGUAGAUAAUGAAAGUAAAAUUGUGAACAUAUCAUUUUCUUCAAAAAAUAAAUACCUAUAUUGUAUAACUAAUGGAAGUACCAAAAGCUUAUUUUUGUGUUAUGAUUGGUUCCAGGAAAAGUUAAUUUUUAGUAAAAUUUUUCCUCCAACUAUUUUUUGUGAUAUUUGUGAAAUUUUUUUGAAUGUCCAGAAUUCAUCAUACAUUGCUUUGCUGUCAAUAUGUAACGUCAAAAAUACGAAAGAUCAAAAUGGGGGCUGUGAGUCGAAUGAAAGCGCAAUUGCAAUGUUUGAAGCAAAUGUCAAUAAGGACCCAGAUGUGAACAAGAACCCAGAUGUGAACAAGGACCCAGAUGUGAACAAGGACCCAGAUGUGAACAAGAACCCAGAUGUGAACAAGAACCCAGAUGUGAACAAGAACCCAGAUGUGAACAAGAACCCAUAUGUGAACAAGGACCCAGAUGUGAACACGGGUACAACUCAUUAUAAUGGGUUGCAACUAGACAUGGGGGAAGAAUCUACCAUAAGAAAUCAAGAGGGCAAUAAAACUCCUAAUGAGGAUAAGAGAAUGGAAGAAAAGAAGAAGAGAGAAACAUUCCAAAGUGGAUUAUCCAAAGAGAGACAUGUAUUUCUGUAUCAUAAUGUCGAGAGAAACUUAGUAGAAAUAAAAAUAAAAAAUAAAAAACUAGAAAAAAUUGACCAAAAUUUUACUAAUUGUUGUUGGUUACGAGAUGGUGUUUUAUUGCUAACGAAUAAAAAUAAUAACUUAAUUUUUUAUGAUAUUAAGAAAGAAAAACUGAAGAUAUUUAACAAGCAUGUAAGUAACAAAAACAUUAUGAAGAUUAUUUCUCUGACAAGGGGAUUUCUCCUAUUCGACAACGAGUUUAUAUAUAUUUAUGAGAAAUCAUCCGACUUGAGCAAUAAUUUAUGUUAUUCAGUAAAAUAUUCCAUACGAUUUAACUAUUGUACUUUGUUGAAUAGUUAUUGUUUGGUUUCUUCUUGUGAAAGAUUUUUGUAUUUUUUGUCUCAAGAUGGAAAUUUGAAAAAGCUCGAUAUGUCUAAAGGGAGAUGCAGCAAUACAGGUGAUUCCAAUGAAGAACUUAUGGAGGCGCAAUUGGAAGAUGGAAAAGGUGUCGAAUUGGAAGAUGAAAAAGGUGUCGAAUUGGAAGAUGGAAAAAGUGCCUUAUUGGAAGAAGGAAAAAGUGCCUUAUUGGAAGAAGGAAAAAGUGCCUUAUUGGAAGAAGGAAAAAGUGCCUUAUUGGAAGUUGAUAAUCCAAACGUUUUUAAAAAUAAUGAGAAGCAUGCCGAAAUGGUGCUAGAGGAUAUGAGUCCUGCCAAGAUAAACGACUUUGAUGUGUGCUUAAAACACCCUUUAAUAAUAAUAUGUUAUGAUGAUAAUAUGAUAAAAAUUAUUAAUUAUAAGAAGAAGGAAGUAGUAAUGAGGAAUUCAUUUAAUAAUGAACCUUUGCACUUAUCAGUUCAUUGUUCAGGUCACUUACUUCUGGUAGCCUUUACAGAUAAGUUGAGAUUAUUUCACAUAUUGUAUAACAAAUUAAAAAUAAGAAAAGAAUUUUUUUUAAAAAAUUGUUCAUGUUGUAAAUUUUCAAAUGGUGGAAGUUUCAUGGCUGUGUCUAAAAUUUCAACUUUAUAUAUAUACAAAACGUAUACAUACGAACUUUUCUAUGUGUUGAAAUCUCAUGUGAAUUAUAUCACCGAUUUAGUAUGGAGUUGUAACGACUUUUCUAUAUUAUCAAUUGGGAAAGAUGGGUAUUUAUUUGAGUACUCUCUAUACAAUAAUGGAAAUAAAAGUAUGGAGAUUAUGCAAAAAGAAAAGAAAUUUUUAAGUAUCGAUUUAGAAUUUUUAAAUGAGAAAAAUAGAAAAAAUGAAAGUGAUAAAGAAAAUAAUGCUAGUCUUUCCACUCAAGGAAAAUAUGGAAAUGAAUAUAAAAGUUUCAAUAAUUUCCAAACAAAUGAAAUGAAAAAUGUGUACGUUUCUUGUGAUGAUAAAACUGUGAAACAAUUUUGUAAUUCUAAGAUUGAAUGUAUUUUAGAAUCAGAAUAUAAUAUUGAUAAAAUAUUACUAUAUAAAAAUAAAUUCUUAAUUGCUACAUUUUACAAUGGUUAUUUUUGUAGAAUUCGAUUUUAUAUGUUACCUCUCUCUGGGUUAUACUUAGAAAUCCCUUGUCAUAUAAUGAAUUGUGUUAAUUUGAAAUUGGAUAUAAAUAGGGAGUUGCUGUUUAGUUGUUCUAGAGAUGGUUCUAUAUACAUUUUCUCGAUAGAAAAAAUGGAUACUAGUUUUUUUUCGUCCAAUAAUUGUGUAACCUUGAAUGCAACUGAAUGUUCUUCUCAGAGUGGUAAUGAAUAUGUUACAGGAGGAACAACGGUACACACAAGGAAAAGUGAGGAAGAUCACAAUGGAGUGAAUUUAGAAAAAGGAUCAAUUAGAAGCAGUGAAAAUGACACGACUAAUGUAUACAGAGAAAAUUUGAUGGAGAAAGGGGCGUUACUGUGUGGUAAUGCUGGUUUAAGCAGAAAAGAAAAAAAUUCACAGAAUGUGUAUUUUUCAGAUGAACAAAAAAAAGGAGAAAAAAAAUUAAGCUUGUCCGAUUUGAGUUUAGAAAAGCCAGAAAAGAAAAAUAAUAAUAAGAGUUUAUUAGGGUUGAAUACAAAUAAGAAAAUGAAAAAUAACUUUCUACUGUAUGAUUUAGACAACAAAACGAAUUACAUUCUACAUGAAGAUGAAAAAGAAAGCGAUGAUAUUUUAAUCGACUUUUAUUAUGUACAGAAAAAGAAUAAUGAAUAUUUAGAAUUACAGAAAAAAAUUACAAAUUUGAAAAACCAAAUGCAACUAGAAAUGAAAAAUAAAGAAUCGAUUCAUAAAUCCGAAAUGAACAAAUUGGAUAAGGAAAAAAAUGUAGAAAUAAAAAAAUUGAUAAAAAUAAAUAAAAACAUAAUAAAAGAAAAAGACAAAGUAGAGAAAACAUGUAAAGAGGCUCUAUACGAGUUGGAGGAAAAACAUACCUAUUUUGUAAAUCAGUUAAAUUCACAAUUUUAUUUAACUAAUAAAAUAUGUGAAGAGAAGUUUCUAAAAAUAGAAGAAGAGUUUAAUUUGUACAAAAAAAAUGCGACAAAAGAAAUUUUAGACUUAAAAAAUGAACAUGAAAUGAAUAUAACACAACUGAUUAUGGAUAAAAAUAAGGAAAUAAAAAAAAAAAAUGAUGUUAUAGAAAAUUUUAAGCAUCUAUAUGAAAACUUGCAAAAAGAAAAGGAAGAGUACAUAAAACAAAUGGAAGAAGAUGUCGAUGAAGAAAUUUUAAUAAUAACCAAAAGAUAUGAACAACAAAUUGAGGAGUUGAAACAGGAUAAAUACGAUUUAAUGGGUAAAUUUAAAUUGUAUGAACAUAUAGAAGGGGAACUGAAGGAAAAUAUUCAGGUUCAGAAGGAAAAAUUUGUCAAAAAUAAUAUCACUGCCAAGAGGCUACAGGAGAAUAUUGACCAUUUAAAGGGAGAAGUAACGAAUCUAAAAGACAACAUUUCAGAGAUGGAAAAAGAAAUAGAAUUAAAAAACAAUGAUAUUAAUAAAUUAAAUAAAAAAAAUGAAGAAUUAGAAAAAUUGAAAAUUGUAUUAACUCAAAAGAUAAAAGAUUUGGAAUCCAAUUUAUCCCCGAAAGAUUCGGAAAUAAAAAUCAUGAGAGAAAAGAUUAAUGAAAUGUCAAAAUGUUUUGAAAAUAAUCAUAAGAAAACUGUUAGUUUGCACAUUGAAAUUAAUGAAUAUAAAAUGAAAAUAAAAGCAUUGCACGACGAUUUACUAAAUAAUAAUAAAACGAUUGGGAAUUAUGAAAAGAUACUGAAAAAUAUACAAGAACACAUUAGGGAGUGCUAUUUGCAUCUGCAUGAUAAGAAAAUCUUCAAUUCUUCUUUUUUGAAUUUAUACAACAAAUUCCAUAAAGUCAACGACGUAAAGAAUUACGACACCAAAAAUGUUUUUUCUGAAUAUAUCAGACAAAAGGAACAUCUCGAAAAUAUGAUAGAAGUGUUAAAGGACAAAUUGGAAAAAGAAUCGGAAGCAUUCCGCACUGAAAAAAUAAAAAUGAUGAAUGAAAAUUCCCUCCUCCUCAAGGAAAUAAACGACUUGAAGGUGGACUUGAAUUUUUUGAAGGCAGAAUGUCACGACGCUCAACUGCUCAACAGAAAAGCUCAGUUUUUGAGCAAGUACAACAAGGGGAAGAAGGUGCAGGGAGCGAAAACGGGUCAUGAGGGGACAUAA